CUACAGUUCUUUGAGAUGUUUUUCAUGAAGGCACCAUAAAAAUCAAGAUUAUUAUUAGUAGUAUAAUUUGACUUCUCAUGUUCACUUUUCACAUGGCAGCCCUCCUGUUCUGAAUUUCAGUUGUUCAUUAAUUUCAGCUGUUAAUUAAUGUCUAGCCUUACUUGACUUACUGUAGGAAAGGUUACAAACUGGAGGAGGCUAUUCUGCUCCUCUAGUCUGUAAAGCUCCAGGACACUGCCCUGCCAAUGGUUUAUAAGAAACAAUUCUGAAUUGAUUCAGAUUGAUGAAUUAUGACCCAUGUUUUUAAUAACUGCCUUCAGGAGAAGCAUUGGCUUCCUUUUUAAAACAUUUGGUGUUUGGAUUGCUUUGAAUUUUUUCAAACCUAUGGCAAUAGAGAGCUUUGUCCUCAGACAUCACAAUAUCUGUAUGAUCAAAACAAUGAAUACAAAUAGUCCAAAGGUCAUGGCCCCCCUCAGAACUGAAGGCUAGCUAGCAUCUGUGGUAGACACUGACUUCAUCUCACGCACCAGCACUGCUGUCUGCCCUGUAAGGACACUGAACAGAGCCACGGUUAAUAGGAUUUCACACUAGUGAUCUCCAUAGGUGAUUAGGCAGACAGUGUGAGAAGUUAAUUGUGCUAAAAUUUAACUUGAACCGUGCCAUGCUGAGUCACUUGUCCUCUUACCUAACUCCACGAGAAAGCUGAACGACUACCGCACUGGACAAUAACGAGCAGUCGCCCAGGAGGAAAAUGGCAAAUGCACUGAGAGACUUGUGGGAAAGCCCAAAACUCAUUGCAGCUACUUUGGUUUUUGGAAUUGGUGGGAAUUUUCAAUAUGGCUUUCAAAUAUCUGUUCUCAAUGCUCCGUCUUUGUACAUCAAACAGUUUAUAAAUGAGACAUGCCAGAGACGAUAUGGUGUCCCACUGGAAACAUGGAAGCUGACUUUGAUCUGGUCCUUCACGGUAUCUAUCUUCUGUAUCGGAGGCCUGGUGGGGUCGCUCUGCGCUGGAAACCUCUCGGUCAAAUAUGGAAGAAAGAAGUGCCUUCUGCUGAACAAUUUUGUGGCCAUUGCUGCCGCUGUGUUGAUGUUAGUGAGCAGAACUGCAGAAACUUUUGAGAUGAUCAUGGUGGGCCGGUUCCUGUAUGGGAUCAAUGCAGGGGUCAGCUUGAAUAUCCACUCCAUGUAUAUGGUUGAGUGUGCCCCCAAAAAACUCCGUGGGCUUGUUGGGGUCUCCGUGGCCACCUUUGUGUCCAUCGGGAAAUUUUGGGGUCAGCUGGUUGGGCUGAAGGAGGUCCUGGGCACGGAGGAGCUCUGGCCUGUGCUGCUGGCCUUCAGCGGCUUGACGGCUCUGCUCCAGCUGGUCACGCUGCCCUUCUUCCCAGAGUCCCCUCGCUACCUGCUCAUCGACAGGGGAGACCGGGCGAAGUGCGAGGAAGCCAUACAAAACCUGUGGGGAAAGGGGGACUACGCCUCAGAAAUUGCGGACAUGAUGGCGGAGCACGCGGCUAUCCGAGGGGUGAAAUCUAGGAGCCCCGUGGAGCUGAUCUGCGAGAAGACGUUGCGCUGGCAGCUGCUGACCACCAUUGUCACCUUUGUCACGUUACAGCUGUGUGGGAUCAACGCAGUCUACUUUUACUCAUUCGACGUGUUUCACGCUGCAGGUAUUCCAGAUAAACUGAUAUGUUAUGUGGCUCUGGGAGUUGGCUUGUGUGAGAUAACCACCUCCCUGACCUGUGGAAUGAUCAUUGAAAGCACAGGGAAGAGACUCCUGCUGUUCAGAGGCUAUCUGUGCAUGGCAGCAGCACUGGCCCUGCUGACAGUCACCCUCGUUCUGCAGGAGCAGAUUUCGUGGAUGCCAUAUUGCAGCAUGGUCUUCAUUUUUUCUUUCAUCUUCUUUUUUUCAAGUGGACCAGCCGGAGUAACAGCUCCCCUGCCUGGAGAGAUUUUCAACCAGUCCUACAAACCAGCUGCCUUUGUCAUCGCAUGUUCUAUCAACUGGAUUGGUCUCUUUCUCAUCGGAAUGAUCUUCCCCCUGAUUGUGGAUCACUUGGGCUACUUCUGCUUUCUUAUCUUCUUCGGAUUUUGCUUCUUCUCUGGGGUGUUUGUAUGGUUCGGCGUGCCAGAGACAAAAAACAGGACUGCGCUGGAAAUCGCAGAGGAAUUUAGGAAAAUGCACACAAAAACAAAAAUCAAAGCUGUAGAGUCCAUAGGAAAUAUUGAAGCCCAGCAAUCCAUCUGGUCAACCAAGCUCUGACUCCUGGCAUGUGGAUUUGUGAAGGCAGAGAAGAUAUUCUGUAAUAAUAACAAAAUAAUAAAAUGUGUAAUAAAAGGUUUUUGGUAUAUAUAGGCAAAAUGGUCAUCAGAAUCUUUAAAAGUAAAAUGUGUUGCCUUACUCUCUUUAUGCUUGCUAUAUUUAGAAUAUGGUUGUAGAUAUUCACAAAACACUACUGUAAAAUCACAUCACAAAACUUCCUUUUGUUUGGUAUUUUGCUUUUUGGCGAGCAUAUAAAAACAAGAUAUCCAGACUGUGAAACAUUAUUUUUCUCAGAAUGUUGGCUAAAGCUUGUAUCAACGUUUUAAAUAAACACCAGAGUAUGAGAAUGUGAAA